GCUUGACGACAACAAACAUGGAGGAGUAUGCCCGUGAGCCCUGUCCGUGGAGGAUAGUGGAUGACUGUGGAGGAGCUUUCACCAUGGGUGCGAUUGGAGGAGGGGUGUUCCAGGCAGUCAAGGGUUUUCGAAAUGCCCCUGCCGGUGUUGGACAUAGACUGAAAGGAAGCGCAAAUGCAGUGAGGGUAAGAGCGCCACAAAUUGGAGGUAGCUUUGCCGUUUGGGGAGGACUCUUCUCCACAAUCGACUGUGGUUUAGUUCGCCUGAGAGGCAAAGAGGAUCCCUGGAACUCCAUAACAAGUGGUGCACUGACUGGGGCCAUCCUCGCAGCACGCAGUGGACCAUUAACCAUGAUGGGCUCUGCCAUGAUGGGGGGGAUUUUGCUCGCUCUCAUUGAGGGUUUUGGUAUUCUCCUAACCAGAUACACUGCGCAGCAGUUUCAGAACCCUGUUCCUUUUGCAGACGACCCCAGUCAGUUGCCGCCGAAGGACGGAGAUCAGCAUCAGGGGCAGAAGAGGCAGUUUCAGUAGAGAGCUUUAAGGACUGAGACCAGCUGUGGACACAGUGAGUUAAAUCAGUGUAAUAGGAACGCCAAGACAUUAGCAACAGGAUGAUCAGGAGGUGGAUGAACCGGUCCCCGCAGCGGUGUCAGGUAGUUGCACUUUUUGCUUACACCUCAGGGGCAAAUUACUGUGAGUUUUACUUAUUUAUGAGCAAAUGUUUGUAUGUGAACAAUGGUCCUCGUGACUAACUUCGUAUUUGUACCAUUAGAAUCUCAUGCAGCAAUUUCUGUUUUAAUCAUUAUUGCGUCAUUGCUGGGAACUGAUAGGGUUAAAUAUGCAACUCUAAAAUUUAUGUUUAAAAUGAAUUUGAUUCUUCAGUAUCUUGGCAACAUGUAUUUCUGAAAAAGCCCAUAUACUCCUUUUAUUUUGUUUUUACAUUGUUCUUUUGUGUUAGUUUGUAAACUUACAAAGCUACACCAAAAGGGAAUUUUCUGUCCCACAGAAAACACGGCUUAUUACCUGCCUGAAACAUUUCGUUUGAAGUCCAAACUUUUCUUCCAUCACUUAACUGCAUCACACUCUUCUAAUGUUUCCUCUUUAAAGCCACUUCACAUUAGAGCUACAUCUCUCUGUCUAAAGGAGACAGGAGCUAAAAAAAAAAAGACAGAUGGUCCUUUAGCAAUACACGAAAUGAAAAAAGGAUUUUUUUUUGGUACAUUAAGUUGACCAAAAAGUGAACAUCAGAAACCUGUAAAUGUGCAUGAUAUGGGCUCUUUAAAGGGAAAUAUGCUUGUUUAAUUUUUUUGCCGAGAGUUAGAGGAGAAUCAGUACAUUCAUACAUAAUACCACUCUCAUGUCUUUAUGGUAGACAUGUAGCAGAAGCCAGCAGCUGCUCAUUAGUUAACAUGGUAAAUCUCAUUUUGUUGAAUGUGUGCAAAAAAACUAAAGUAUAAAACAUCAAAUCUGCAGUUUUAUGUGCCAGACUUGCUGGAUCCUCUCAUCUAACUCUCGGCAAAACAUCCGACCACUGCUUAACGCUUCCAAAGAUUUUGCACUUGGACACGUAGAUGUUGUAAACAGUGAAGCCAGCGUUGUAAUGACUGCAUGGUAGAAGAACAGGACAUGUUUGUUUCAGUAAGGGUUUACCAUAGAGAGUGGUGGGCUGAGUAUUUGUUUAUAAGUGUAUUUAAACGUCAGCUGUGACAAUCAAUCUGUGAAUGUUUUGAAUUAUGUGUGUUACAGAUGGCUCAGCAAAACCCCAUUCCAUUCUCUGUUUGCAAUUUAUCCUAAUAAGUUAUUGCCUCAUUUGGCAGCUUUAGUAAUAUUGAAGUUUUAUUGAAUAUUUAAUGUCUUACGCAUUAGAAAAUAAUUGCACCUUUUUCUGCAAUACUGUAGAAAGAUUUUCUUGAAAUUAUGGCUUUAAUUACUCAGACAGUUCUGUUACAACUUGCACCCAUUGUCACUUUGAUGCUACAGUAUCCGAUAGCAACCAAGCACUUUUUAAACUUUUAAUUUUCUUGAAAUGGUAGCACCUUCCACUGCGAAGAAAUGAUGCAACACGAUCCAGUGGUUUGCUGUCAAACUUUGUAUAGAGAGAGAGAAUGUUUAUUUUAUCCUAAUAUAUUUAUUGUGCAAAAGAAAAAAAUAAAGGUAUUAAUGUUCUAU